CUAACAAGCGAGGCCCGUUCCGAGCUCGAGGUGUUCCUCAGCGCUGGAUUCCGCAGGAAGGCGACAUGCGGCUCCUGAAGCUGAAGGCCUUGUCGUGGGUGCAGAGCUGGCCCUGUCACCCCAGAAGAGCUGCCCGCAGCUGUUCCUGCUCCCGUGACGCCCCCGUUAGCACUAAGGCUGCUCUGCUCCAUUGCAGGAAGCGGAGGCGUAGCUGGGAGAUCGGCGUAGUUGAGGUAAAACACAUCCCGCCAGCCUCCAGCACCGCGAGCUGCGGCUGUUGCGUGGGGAGCAAAAUGCAGCUUCCACGUGUGAAACUGCGUAAAGAGGCAGCACGAACAGUACGGUUCCGUGUCCCAAGGGCACUGGAACAGAGAGGCCACAGGAGUCGUCUCAAGUCCUCAGAAAAGCCACUUGGUUGUGCAAGGCGUGAGGAUUUCAGCCCUUUCGGUUGAUGCAGUGCAGGACCAAGCGGGUGGAAAAGCCGCUUUCCUGCUGCCGAGACACGGGGCUGCAGAGCUGCGUCGUUGCACUGAGCUUUGCGGCCGAGCGACAUAGGAAGUGUAGGACUAAACAAAUCAAUAAAACUGCCUGAUGAAUAUCCACCUCAUCCCAACGGGGCUCGGUCCCGCACCAGGGUGCUGACGUACGGUGCCAGCACUUGGGACACUGAGCGAACAGGUUCCCCUGGAGCAACCCCUGUAUUCACAGGAAGAUGAGCUGGACAUUUGUAUUAAUGAGGCUGCUUAGAUCCUGGGGGCAGCGCGGGGCGAAUCUUCAGCUGCAGGUGUGGGUGCAGCUGCCGCAGCGUUGGCGUCGCUUUUGGGUGUUAACGAGAAGAACAGUGUGACAGUGUCACUGUCACAGCCCCAUGAGGGCCCCGUUUGGCUCUUGCAAUACCCCAGUGGUGAGACCACCCAAGCACUCCUGGUCGUUAGGACACUAAUUAAUUUAUGACUCAGCGCUGAAGCACUUUGGAGCAGUAACCCCAGCCGAGGGCCGUGCUGCGCAAACGCAGCGGCGACGGGCGCUCCCUGCUCAGCGCAAACAGCGCGGGCUGGGCAGGGGUGAGCAGCCGGCCCCACAGCCGCCCCAGCGGGACGUGUUCUUAGCACGCAUCUUGCUCACCUGCAAAGAUUUCUUCCUCUUCCAUCAGCGUGCAGCCAUGUUUGAUUUUUUAAGGGGUUUUUUGGUGCUUUUUGGGCUGGAAUUGAGAGCUUGGUUCAUUUUCCUGACGUUUAUGGAAGGAUUUAUCAUUUGUGACUAUUGGCUGUCAGGGUGCGUGGGGACUGGGCCGCCCUGUGGCGCCGUCGAAGCCUUUGCUUCCCCGCGGGGGUGUGCGUGUUCAGCCGCUCGAUUCCACACCGUAUUGUCACCAAACCUGAAUCCCUGGGGUCAUUCGCAUGGGCUUGGAAGCAUUUACCGGUCUGUGCGGUUGUGAAACUCCACGGGGUUACCAUGGUGUCCUAACAACACAAGCAAACUCUGCUCCUUGCACCUCUGGAUUUGGCUCUGGCUUAGCCUGGCUUGAAACCAGGUUUAAUUGGAGAAUGGUCACUUUGCAGGACGGGCUCUGAAUGGGCUGGGAGCGAUAGCAGGGAGGUGAAUGAGCUUUCCCGAGUCUCCUGUGCCGGUUGCUAAGGCACAGCAGGGAGAGCUUGAACUUUGAAUGGGAGACAGACUCAUCCGUACCUAAAAUCAGUGUUGCCGCACGGCAGUAAUUAAGAUUAGAAAAUGGCUUUUCAGCGGCCUGGCCCUUGAUAGCGCAGAGCGGGGUGAAGUUUGGUUCUCUGACUGCUGAACUGCAGUUUCUGCUGCCGGAAGCAGCUUUGCCUUUCAGACAGUCCGUCUGACGGCGGGCUCGGGUUUACCGGCCUGGGCUGCACGGUGUGUUGUGCAAAACCCCGGCGUGCUGGUAGAGAGCUGGGGCUGGAGCGUGGGCCGCUGGACCCCGGCAGCCGGGGCUGCUCCUGCCUGACUGUGGACCCUGCAUCGCACCGUGAGAUUCAGUUCCUCCCUUGGCAGGACAGGCCAGCGCUGUUGAAGUGAGGAGCCCGUCGGGGAACUCGGGAGGACCUGGAGCUGAGGAAAGCAGCUGGAGGCUUCCGCUGGGCCGUUAGCUAUGUAGAGCUUAAACGGCCCCUGGCCAUCGGGCCAGGUAUAGCUGGCUGUGCAUGAUGCGCAAGUUUGCUUUCCACUCAGUGGAUUGUUUGAUUUUGCUGGUGAAAGCCCAGCUUGCAGCGCAAGAGGAACCUUCCCCGUGCGCUCUGUCGGGCUCAGUCUCCCCGUGUCCCUCCUUCAAAAAGAGAGUUUCCUUUUGGUGGCUGGAUCUCCAGCCGGCUCACGCUCUCCCUGCAGAGCAGGAAGUGCAUAUUUCGAGUGGGCUGUGGCCAGGGUAUGCGGCCAGCGCUAUCGUGCUGUCCCGACGAGGGGAAGAGCCGGGGCGUCACACGUUCAGGCCAGACUUUGAAAUCUCACGGAGGAUUUACAACCUGAUAGUAAAGAGAUCUGUCCCUCCAGGGCUAUUUGAACAUGCGGAAAGCCCAUAAAGCUAAUAUUUGUCUCUGCUGCUUCUCCAUAGGAGCCCAGAAAUUUAAGCAGAAACCCGUCCUGUCUGCUUUUGAGUGUGGACCAGCACGUUGGGUGGUUCCAUGUGCAGGGUGCAGCGCACCUAAACCACCUUAAUUUAGCAAUAACAGGAGAGAGACAGUAAAACCGUGGCGUCCAGGGAUGGGCAGCUGCGGCACCUCCCCUGCUGCCUUGGUCCCCUGCCGCCUUGGUCCCCUGCCGCCUUGGUCCCCUGCUUGGCGCAGCUCACCGGUGCUGCAGGCAGAGGACGGGCUGAGUGUCCCCAGGGCUGCAACUGCGUGGGUUUAUGUUCAACUAGGCUGGACCUAGUGCUGAGACCCUGUUUCUCCUUUCUGCAAUUCGCACAGGGGAGCUGCCUGCUCAGCAUUAGAGAUUGGUGCCAGUUCCCCCUCUUCUCAUUUCAACAUCUUUUUGGGCGGGGGGGAGGAACGGAGAAGCCUCAUGUAGAUGUGGGUCAGUGCUGUCCUGCUCAGAACUCUGCCCGGGAGCCCAGAACAGCCCCUGCCCCAUGUCCCUGGAAAUGGGGGUCGGUGCUGUCCUGCUCAGAGCUCUGCCCAAGAGCCCAGAACAGCCCCUGCCCCGUGUCCCUGGAAAUGGGGGUCGGUGCUGUCCUGCUCAGAGCUCUGCCCGGGAGCCCAGAACAGCCCCUGCCCCGUGUCCCUGGAAAUGGGGGUCGGUGCUGUCCUGCUCAGAACUCUGCCCGGGAGCCCAGAACAGCCCCUGCCCCAUGUCCCUGGAAAUGGGGGUCGGUGCUGUCCUGCUCAGAGCUCUGCCCAAGAGCCCAGAACAGCCCCUGCCCCGUGUCCCUGGAAAUGGGGGUCGGUGCUGUCCUGCUCAGAGCUCUGCCCGGGAGCCCAGAACAGCCCCUGCCCCGUGUCCCUGGAAAUGGGGAUCGGUGCUGUCCUGCUCAGAGCUCUGCCCGGGAGCCCAGAACAGCCCCUGCCCCGUGUCCCUGGAAAUGGGGUCGGUGCUGUCCUGCUCAGAGCUCUGCCCGGGAGCCCAGAACAGCCCCUGCCCCGUGUCCCUCGGCCGCACGCGCGGCAGAGGCGAAGGGAGCAGCGAACAAAGCAGAUCUGAGUGGGGACACGGGGCCAGGUGUGUCCUGUCCCUCCGCUGGCCCUUCCCUGCGCCACCGCUCCAUUCAGCAGGUUGAGGGAGGGUGGGAAGGCAGCCAGGCACACCCAGCUCUCCAGGCAGUAAAACGAUCCCUCUUUGCCCUCGGGCCAAGCCCAGCUUUUCUAACGGAUAAAAGGAGAAGCAGGCAGGGGAGCUCACUCACUUCCCUGCUCUCCAGCACAGCUGCCCAGAGCUUUCGAAGGGGAAGGGCGGGGGAUCCCGAGAACACCCUUGGAGCUGCCAUGUCCCGCUCUGUGAGUUUCAGCUCUCGCUCUGCGGCCGUCCCGGCGAUCAGCCAAGUGCGGGUCAGCACCGUCUCCUCCACCCGGGGACUCGGAGGGGGUGCCGGCCUGGGCAGGGCAGGUGGCUUCGGCAGCUCCAGCCUCUACAACCUCGGCUCCAGCAAGCGGAUCUCCUAUGGAGGGGGCAGCUCCUACAGCGUUCGCUCUGGAUACGGCUACGGAGGCUUCGGGGGGGUGCCCAGCCCCGCAGGCAUUCAGGAGGUGACCGUCAACCAGAGCCUCCUGACCCCCCUGAACCUGGAGAUCGACCCCAAUAUCCAGCGGGUGCGCAAGGAGGAGAAGGAGCAGAUCAAGACGCUCAACAACAGAUUCGCCUCCUUCAUCGACAAGGUCCGGUUCUUGGAGCAACAAAACAAAAUGCUGGAGACCAAGUGGAGCCUCCUCCAGGACCAGAAGACGGCCCGGAGUAACAUCGUGCCCAUGUUCGAGGCGUACAUCAGCAACCUGCGGCGGCAGCUGGACGGCUUGCUCAACGACAAAGGGCGGCUGGAGGGCGAGCUCAAGAACAUGCAGGAUCUUGUUGAGGACUUCAAGACCAAAUAUGAAGACGAGAUCAACAAGCGCACGGCAGCGGAGAAUGAGUUUGUGGUGCUCAAGAAGGACGUGGAUGCCGCCUACAUGAACAAAGUGGAGCUGGAGGCCAAGGCGGAUGCGCUGACAGAUGAGAUUGACUUCCUGAGGUCUCUCUAUGAAGCGGAACUUCAGGAGCUGCAGGCCCAGAUCUCGGACACCUCGGUGGUGCUGUCCAUGGACAACAGCCGCAACCUGGACCUGGACAGCAUCAUCGCCGAGGUGAAGGCGCAGUACGAGGACAUCGCCAACCGCAGCCGCGCCGAGGCCGAGUCCUGGUACCAGAGCAAGUACGAGGCGCUGCAGGUCACUGCUGGGAAACACGGCGAUGACCUGCGCAACACGAAGAACGAGAUCUCGGAGAUCAACCGCAUGAUCCAGAGGCUGCAGGGGGAGAUUGAGAACGCGAAGGCCCAGCGCGCCAAGCUGGAGGCGGCCAUCGCCGAGGCCGAGGAGCGCGGGGAGCUGGCGCUCAAGGACGCCAGGGCCAAGCUGGAGGAGCUGGAGGCCGCGCUGCAGAAGGCCAAGGCCGACAUGGCCCGGCAGCUGCGCGAGUACCAGGAGCUCAUGAACGUCAAGCUGGCCCUGGACAUCGAGAUCGCGACCUACAGGAAGCUGCUGGAGGGCGAGGAGAGCAGGUUGGCUGGUGAUGGAGUUGGCAGCGUCAACAUCUCCGUGGUCAGCUCCAGCGGCGGAGGGGGCUACGCUGGCCCCGGCGCGUUCCUGGGAGGAGGAAUCGGCCUGGGAGCCGGCAUGGGCAGCAGCGCGCUCGGCUUCUCCUCGGGGGGCGGCUCCAAAUCCUACACCGUCACCACCACCUCGUCCAGCCGGAGGAGCUUCCGGAAGUGACCCCCGGAGCGGAGAUCGGCUGCCCCGUCGCACGGGAGGAGGGAAACCCUAGAAAGAAAAGUCUUGUUGCCUUCUAUAGGACAAAUUGGCUGCAACAUUUCUGCGGUGAUGAAUUGGAGUAAGAGAUCCCAGAGCACCCGACCCUGCCGCAUCGCGCCUGAGGCUUGGCCCUGCCCUGCCGAAGCGGGCAGGCGCCGUUCCGCCCAGCGCAGGCUCAGGCCUGGGGUGAAAUUCAUCCGGUGAAGCAGGAGGGAUAACGCUCUUGUUACUCGUGUGCGUGGUACCCCCUGCUCAGGGCUGGAUUUCACCCUUUGGAGGGCAGAGCAAUCAUGUCAGUGGCAUUUCUGUUGUGGUUUUGCAAAAAAGACCAGAAGAUUAUCUCCGUCUUAAUAUGAUUUGGAAGACUUUGUUCCCUUGGGCUCCUCAGAAAAGUGCCAACCCUUGUUAAGAUUUCAGCCUGGGUUUGUUUUCUAUAAGUAGACCAAGAAGAAAACAGUGAAACUGGUUUGGGUUUCUCCUUGUUGUCUUUGGAAAUGGAAUUCAACAGUGCUCUUGAAGCCGAUUUCUUACCCCACGCAGAUUUCCCUUCGGGUUCUUUAUAGCAAAGUGACUCACAAACAGCCCCCUUUUCCCUCUCCCUUUCCCUCUCCUUGGAAGCCCAAAGCUCGAGGGAUAUGAAGUCGCUUUAAACUGUCAGUAGCGCACUGGGCCGGGAGGUGCCCUCGCCAUGCGGGGGGCCUGCCUUCCACCCUGCAUUGCAGACGCGUCUAGUGACGUCUGGUGUCUUUGCUCCAGCCAGGGAAUAGCGUGUUUUGGUGAUGCAUCCUUACAAUAACCACUCGUUCUGCCAAAAUGUGUCUUCAACUUACACGUGCCAGGGAAAAUAGUGAUGUCGUUACUGCAGUAGGAAGGAUGGUUCCCUAAAUAACUCAAAGAAACUGCCCAGAAUUGUACUGCAUGCUCAGCCGUGUCCUAGCGCUGUGUCUUUGGUUCGCGUUUCAUGCCUUUGUGGUCUGAGACCUUGUCAUGAGGCCGUUAAUAAAGUUUCCCUAUUUCGUGC